CCCUAACGAACGCAUUCUCUUCCCAUUCUCUCUCCCUCUUUCUCUCUCUAUCAGCUGCAACCAGAUCGGAGGAGGGGAGGAAGAUUCGCGGCGAUGGCGGCGAGCGAGACCACGGCGCUGCACUUCUCGUCCCCUUCGACGAGCCUGUCCGCGAGGGUCCACCCGCUGGUGAUCUUCAACAUCUGCGAUUGCUACGUCCGGCGGCCGGACCAGGCCGUCCGGGUCAUCGGCACCCUCCUCGGCUCCGUCUUGCCCGACGGCACCGUCGACAUCCGCAACUCCUACGCCGUCCCCCACAACGAGUUCUCCGGCCAGGUUGCGCUGGAUAUUGAUUAUCAUCAUAACAUGCUGAUAUCUCACCAAAAGGUGAAUCCGAAAGAAGUCAUUGUUGGAUGGUAUUCAACUGGCGAGGGUGUCACUGGUGGCAGUGCAUUGAUCCAUGAGUUUUAUUCCAGAGAAGUUUCUAACCCUGUCCACUUGACCGUCGAUACGGGAUUUAGCAAUGGCCAGGCUUCAAUCAAAGCUUAUGUUUCUACUAAUUUGUCUCUUGGGGACCGACAGCUUGCUGCCCAGUUUCAAGAGAUUUCUUUGGAUCUGCGCAUGGUGGAAGCAGAGAGAGUUGGAUUUGAUAUCUUGAAGAAACAAUCAGUUGAUAAAAUCCCAAGCGAUUUGGAGGGAAUGGAAGCCUCAAUGGAACGCCUGCUAGCUUUAAUUGAUGAUGUCUAUAAAUAUGUCGACAAUGUUGUGGAAGGCCACACCCCUGCUGAUAACAGUGUCGGAAGAUUUAUAGCAGAUUCAGUAGCAUCUAUUCCGAAAAUGUCACCGCUGGCCUUUGAUAAGCUCGUGAACGACAGUAUACAGGACCAGUUGCUAUUGCUUUACCUCUCGAGCAUCACGAGGACACAGCUCAGCUUAGCAGAAAAAUUGAACACGGCGGCGCAGAUCCUGUAAACCAUUUUUGGACCCACUCUUGUGCCGGAAUUAAAGCAGCUGAAUUGAAAUUCAUCUGCCCUAGUCGUGUUUUGUCGGUGUAAGGUGACCAUCGUUAGGUUGCUGAAAUUGUUUUUGGAAGUGAUUGUAAGUCUUUUUUCAAGUAUUUCAUAGAGAGAGACUUUCAGUUUUUUCCUGCGGUGGGAAUCAAGUCAAGCAUCUGAUAAAUUUUAGAGUAUUGAAAUUUCCUCCUAUCCAUGAAAUAUGCAACUUUGAGGAAUUACUAUGAAUUUAAAUUCUUUUCCCAA